AUGCCGCUGGGCCAAGCUACACAAAGCAUGAAUACGCCGAUCUUCAAGAGGCAAUCGAGCGACUCAAACCGAGAGAGCUCGAAUACCAAUUAUCACAGCUUGAAGAUUAAGAACGAUGACAUGCAUAUGCUCGUUGAAGCAGAAAUGGAAGCAGUCGGCCAGACCAUGUUCACUGCACUCACCUACCGGCCAGGUGCUCUGAACGAGAAGCAGGCACACGCAGAAGGCGCAAAGCUUCAAAAUCUGAACAAAAAGCACGCCAAUCGCCACGAGAACGUCAAGAAAAUCAUGAAGCACCAAGAAAAUCAGCUGGUUUUCAGCGCCCGAGCCGAUUUUCUCAUUAAGAAUGUAGACCCUUCACGAUGUGGGGAGCCCCAAUGA